AUGUGUGACCAGCAACCGAUUCAGUGUUGUGUUCCGAUACCCCAGUGCUGUGUCAAGGGUUCCUCCUUUGGUCCCUCACAGUUUUCUUACGCCAACAACCAGGUGCUGGUGGAGGCUCCGUGUGAGAUGCAAAUUCUGGAAUGUGCCGCACCAUGCCCAGUUCAAGUUUCUCAGACUCCGUGCCAGUCCAGUGCCACUGAAGCCAAGGGCCAGGUCCCAUGUAAGAACACCAAAGUUAAAUGCCAGUCAAAGACCACCCAGGUGAAAUGCCAGCCCAAGACCACGGAGAUAAAGUGCCAGGCUCCCUGCCAGACUCAGGUUUCCUGUGUUCAGUGCCAGGCUCCAUGCCAAUCUCAGGUUUCCUACGUGCAAGUCCCACAGCCUCCUCAGACCUACUAUGUAGAGUGUGCUCCAGUGUAUUACACAGAAACUCGUUAUGUGGAAUAUCCGGUUUCAACCUACAUGCCUGCUCCAGCUCCUCAGCCUGGCUACACUUAUGUAGAAUGUCCCUCAGUGGGCCAGGGCCAGGGAAGUUUCUCCACUCAGUACCAGUAUCAGGGCUCCUAUGGUAGUUGCAAUUCUCAGUCACAGUCACGGGGUUCUUAUGGCAACUGUGGUCCACAGCGUCAGUCUCAGGCUUCCUACAGUUACUGUGAGCCCCAAUUUCAGUCCGGGCCCUCCUAUACCAACUGUGGCCCCCAGCGCCAGUCACAGGCUUCCUAUGGCAACUGCACCUCCCAACUACAGUCUCGAGCAUCCUACAGCAACUGCUCCUCCCAGCGUCGGUCCGGGGCUUCCUUUAGCACCUGUGCACCUCAAUGCCAGGCCCAGGGCACCUACGGAAGCUUCACUUCACAGCGUCGGUCUCAGAGCACCAGCCGAUGCCUUCCUCCUCGUCGGCUCCAGCCUUCUUACCGCAGCUGCUCUCCACCAAGACGGUCUGAACCCUGCUAUAACAGCUACCUGCCAUCCCGAUGCUCUUCAGGCUCGUACAACUACUGCACUCCACCCCGCCGCUCAGAGCCCAUCUAUGGCAGCCACUGUCUUCCUCGGGGCCGCUCUUCAGGCUGUUCUCAAAGAUGUGGACCCAAAUGCAGGAUAGAGAUUUCCUCCCCUUGCUGCCCAAGGCAGGUUUCCCCGCAGAGGUGUCCUGUCCAGAUUCCUCCCAUCAGAGGAAGAUCCCAGAGCUGUCCCCGGCAACCCUCUUGGGGUGUCUCCUGUCCAGAUCUGAGGCCACGAGCAGAACCAUACCCAUUCCCAAGGUCUUGUAGGCCACAGCGUCUUGACCGGUCUCCAGAAUCAUCAUGGCAGCCGUGCCCAGUUCCUGCACCUCGUCCAUAUCCACGACCAGUGCCAUGCCCAAGUCCAGAACCUCGCCCACGUCCUUGUCCAGAGCCAUGCCCAAGUCCAGAAUCACGCCCACAUCCUCGUCCACAGCCAUGCCCAAGUCCAGAACCUCGCCCAUGUCCUCCAUUGCGGCGAUUUUCAGAACCCUGUGUGUAUCCAGAACCAUGUUCAGCUCCUCAGCCAGUGCCACAACCAGCACCACGCCCAGUGCCACGUCCACGCCCGGUUCACUGUGAGAAUCCAGAUCCACGGCCACAGCCCUGUCCUCGUCCACAACCUUGUCCACAUCCAGAGCCAAUGCCACGUCCAGUACCCUGCUCCAGCCCAGAGCCUUGUGGGCAACCCAUUCGUUGUCCCAGUCCCUGCUCGGGUCCCAAUCCAGUUCCUUACCGCCAAGAACUAGGCUGUCAAGAAUCCAACCCAUGUCGCCUGGAUACCGAAGGCCCGAGCUGUGGCCCACGUAACUUCACCCAAAGGCAAGAGAGUAAUGUCAGCUGUGAGUCUGGUGAUUUCUUUUCCGGAUCACAUGGCCCAAGUGGUUGUGGAGACCAAGGAAACACCUACGGUGGCAUGAACUGUGGGGCUCAUGGUGGAGCAAAGGGAGCCUACUUUUAA